AUGGCUGCAGAAAAGAUUUCGCUGUACAAUCUUGCCGAUCUUAAGAACACGGCCGACGAUGCGAUUCCCAACUACCUCAAUUCUCUAAAAUUCAAGCAGACACAUUUCCUGAGCGACGUGCGACUAGGACUGGGAUACACUGCGUUCAUAAUCUGCGCGGCAUGUUUCGCAUGGGACUACAAGCUGGGCUUUGAGGACACCAAGAUCUAUACAACCAUCGCAGUGGCCCUCUACACGCUUCUAAAUGGUGCUCUGACAUUCUGGAUGAUGUUUGUGGAGAAGGGCGUUGUAUACCAAGGGACUGCGCCGUCUGGAGAAAAGAUCACAGUAGUCAGCACAACGAAGAAGCUGGAUCCCACAUAUAGACUCUCCAUUACCGUUACAGACAAAUCCGCCAAAUCCCACAUCAUCGAGGUGGCCAAGCCAUUUGCCUCCUUCUUCGACGAGAGCGGCUACUUUGUGGCCGUGCCAUUCCAGCAGAUCCUGGCCACAGCAGUCCCCGUCAUCGGCAAGGUGGACCCCAGACGUAUCAAGUCAGAGUCCCAGGACAUGCUGAAUGCGAACCCUGAACUGCUGGAUGCGAUUCUGGCGGCGAACAAUGGCGCAGCCACGGGCGUAGAUGCAUCAGAAGGUGGGAGGCAGCGGAAAGUAUAA